GCAUCAAAAGAAAAUCACACGAUCGAUCAGAUAGCCCACUUGUGAGCUUCUGUGACUCUCACGACUAUAAAUGUUGCUUGUCUCUUAACCUUUGUUUCAGUAAGGCAAGGCAUGGCUUUAUGACCAUGAAAGAGGAGAAAGUGUUUUAUCAUAUCAGGCACCCAUGUCCUGUGCUAUAUGAUCAUGUCUACCCUGCAGAAGAAGUUUCAUACUUCCCAGCACCUGCCAUGAGAGAAGAGUACCAUGGCGGCUGGCCCACCAAGACUGUCACCGUAAGGCCUCUUCCUCCUCCUCAACAGGUACAAUAUUAUCCAUACCCCAACAUGGAUCAAAAUCAUGUUCCUCCUCCUCAUCAUCAGAUCAGAAGGCCUGUAAAGACGGUGGAAGUUCCAGCUCAGAAGCCUCAUCAGAUAAAGGACGUCUAUCUUAGUAGCACUGAGGCAGCAGAGAUCUACGGGGGAGUGUUAAUUACUGAACAUGAAGAGCUAGCAAAGCUUGGAAGGGAGGCUUUUGCCAUGCUAGACAAGUUCCAUGGCCGGCCAGGCAAGAGGCCUCCAUUUUCUCAAGACCAACCAGCUCGUGCAGGGAGACACCCAACUCCUCUUAAGAAUGAUCAGGCUGUUCUUAAUAGCAAGGAUGCAGCCCUGCUAUUUCGCUGGAUAGAGAUAGAGUAACCCCAAGAUUCGCCGCUAAUUAUUACCAACUUAGUUUGGUAUAAGUAAUUAGUUAACUAAUGAAGCUCUCUGUAAUAUAGUAUAUGUAUGUAUAUCAGAUGUAGAAAUGGUUUGGAUAGCUUAUUUUCUGCACCUAAAUGUAUAUGUGUCAGCUUGUAAUUAUAUGUACAAAUCACUUCUCAUGUUAUAUAAAAUAUAUUUAAAGCUAGCC